AUGGCGUUUCCAAAAGUAGCUGGUGAUAAAAAGUACAGGGCAUUUGUGGACGGAGAAAUCAAGGAAGUGAGCAUUGGCGGGCACGAUGGAUGUGUUGUAUUGGUGUUUUAUCCCCUGGACUUUACCUUUGUGUGCCCCACAGAGCUCAACAGGUUCAGUGAUCUUAAGGAUGAAUUUGUGAAGCGGGGAGCUACUGUUUUGUUUGUUUCCUGUGAUUCUGUGUACACACACAAGGCAUGGGCUCAGGUUCCAAGGGAGAACGGAGGUGUUAUGGGUGUUUCAUGGCCGAUGAUAUGGGAUGAAAGAGGAGACCUCAGCAGGCACAUGUGGAUGUAUGAUGCAGAUAGCGGCCAUCCCAUGCGUGGAACGGUCAUUCUUUCAAAGACAUUGGAUGUCAAGCACAUGAGUGUCAACCAUGCAGAGAUAGGAAGGUCUGUUGAUGAGAUAUUGCGGCUUAUUGAUGCGAUUUCAUUCAAUGAGGAGUUUGGAGAGGUGUGCUUUGUUGAUUGGAAGAAGAAGUAA